UCCGGAAAAUAGAUAAUAUUAAUCCUUCAAAUAUUAAUCAUCCCUUCGGAAAAGAAGAAAAGAAAAAACAUUCUUGCAGGUUUUCUCGAAUUGAACAUUCUUCAUUCUAUAUUUUAGAUCCUCACUAUCCAUUGCUACAAUACCAAGUUCAAGAGAAAAUAGAGCAAGCCGGAGGUACUAGUCAACUUCGAUUCUUAAUUACGGCGAUACCAGAUUUUGCACACGCAUCUGAUGAAUUUUGUAGCAGAUCCUUAACCUUCACUUUCGUCUCUGAGAAAUUCAUGGUAAAAUUAAAACGGCGGACUAGCUCCAAUACCAAGUUCAAGAGAAAACAGAGCAAUCAAAGUCCGAGGGUACGAGUCAACUUCGAUUCUUAAGCACGGCGAUACCAGAUUUUGCACCCCAUCUGAUGAAUUCAGGAUGUAUGUGGUUCCACCAUGAUUCCUAGAUGGGUAAAUAGUUACGAGUGAACUGAGAGGCAGGGGAAGGUGAAUUGGAGCAAGGAGACCACCAGCUUAGUUUUUUUCUUUCUUCUCCGGCUUCACCUGACUACUUGGACAGAAUGGGGAUACUGAUGAGCAGGUUACCAGGAAUGAUUAUGAGGCGCGGAAGCACAUCAAUUGCAGCAGCAGCACCACAACAACAGCUGAGCUCUAUGGUCGGAAACUUGAAACUUAGAGGCCGUGGAGAUGAGAUAUCCGACUUAAUGCUCAAAUUAGGUUGUCAUGAUAACAUGUUUGGUCAUACUAAUGAAGAAGAAAACAAUGAGAAGGUGACAGCAAUUAGAAGCAGCAGAGUUGCAACUGAUAGUACUGUCCGCCUCAACUGUAUAACAGGGGUGACCGGCAGUGGAAAAACAACACUUGUCCAGACGUUAUUACAAGACCAGAAUGUGAGGAAACAUUUCGAUCAUCAUAUCUACUGGGUCUCGGUGAGUGGUUCCUUAGAUGAUAAGAAGAGGCUUGCCGAUGAAAUACUCAAAGCGAUGGAGUUAGCAGUCCCUCCAUAUUAUGAAUGGGAUCCUCUACGGAGCCAUUUAAGAGGUUGUAUUGAGAAAAAGAAGUUCCUACUUAUUCUUGAUGAUGUGCGUGAGGAUGUUGACAAUGUGACAUGGGAUCAAGAACUGAAGCCUUGCCUUGAUGCUGCUGCACCUGGAAGUAAAAUUCUGGUUACUACCAAAUACAGAAAUGUUGCAGAAAAGAUGGUUUCCUCCAGUGAAGAUGUGAUCCAUUUAGGCCAAUUAUCGGUCGACGACUCUUGGUUAUUGCUUUGUGAUAUUGCUCUCCAAUCAAGAACAGAAGAUCAGAUCAGAGACUUCGAAAGAGUUGGUAGGCAACUGGCUGAAGGAUGCUUAGGCGUACCUUUUGCUAUAAACACUUUGGGAUGCACCUUGAGCCACAAAGGAACUAUACAAGAGUGGGAGGCUGAACUUGAAAGUGGUUACUGGACUCGGAAUUCUGAAGAAGAAGAGUUGAAAGCACCACCUCUGCUCACCAGUAAUGACCCUUCCACCGCUGACUUGAGAGGAUUCUUCAAAUUCUGUGGUUUCCUACCAUAUGAUUAUGAGGUAGACAAAGUUGUUCUUAUCAAAUUGUGGAUGACGGCUAAGCAACGCUUUCUUGAUGGAAAGGACGGUGACCAGAUGGAGAUGGAGAUGAAAGGUGAAGAGUACUUUGAUACUCUAGUGAUGCUUUCUUUUUUGCAAGGUUAUGAACGAGGUGGUGUUGAUGAUCAAAAGAAGCGUCGUUACAAGUUUUACAGUCCCCUGCAUGCUCUUGCUAAAUCUGAGGCCGGAAAGGAGAGUCGUUGCAUCGAAGAAGAUCGAACAAGUCCUUGUCCAGCAGUGCUCAAAUGUAGUAGAAAGACACUCCACUUGACACUAAUCUUCAAAGACGACAAUGUAGAUUCCAUUCCUCCUACCGUGUACCAAGAGAAUAAGCUGCAAGUGCUGAAAUUCGUCAAGAGUUCAAGGAGAUGGAACCCGCUAAUGAUCCCACCAGAUGUUUUCCGUCAGUUCAUACAUCUAAGGGCAUUAGAUAUGAGCUACACUGGCCUUCAUGAUUUAUCACCGGAGAUAGACAAGCUGACACAACUAAGGUAUCUUAACUUGUCCGGUUCAAAGUUUUCAACACUUCCCGAUACAGUUUGUAAUCUGGAGUAUCUGGAAACCUUAAUUCUGAACGACUGCGAGGAACUUACUAGACUGCCUCAGAAGAUGGGAAACCUUACUAAAUCGAGGCAUAUUGAGCUUCAAAAUACUCCAAAACUUCUGUACUUUCCCGAAGGUUUUGGAAGGUUAACCGAUCUUAGAACUUUAACUAAGUUUGUGAUAGCAAGUUCAUCAAGUAACGGUGCCAAGAUUGAAGAACUGAAAGACCUGAACUUACUCGAAGGACACCUUGAGAUCAGGGGAUUGAAGAGAGUGAAAAGUGGGUCUGAUGCUCUGAAAGCCGAAUUGGUGAGAAAGACACAUCUCCAGUCUCUAUGUCUUGACUUUGAUUGCGAUCAAGAGCAAACACCCGAAGCAAUAAAAGUUAUGGAAAUUGUGCUAGAAGCCCUCGGCCCAUUUCCAAAGAUGCGGAAAAAUGUAGAAGUCCGGAACUAUCUCGGUUCAAAAGCGUUGGUGUCAGCAUGAGCUAACUAGAUAGGCGGCGGAAUAUAUUAGAAGAUCAGUAUCCAAUAACCGAAAUGGUCAGAGACGAGCUGGAUUGCGUUUACUGCAGCAGCGUGACAGCCGUGUGUUUUUAAAGAAAGGUCCAUUUCUAUAGGGGAGGAUCCACUGUCAAGCUUAUUCUCAUAUUACUUGACAUUUUCGAUACUAACUUUUCUGUAAAACUCAAACAACAACAGAGAUGAAGCUAAUAUUUUUGUCUAUAUGUUUUUCAUACGAACUGCACUAAUUAUUGGUAUUAAUAUAAUACUGGUAAGAAGAACAUAUUAGGAAAACAUUAAUUUCAAAUCCAUUGUUUAUUGGGUUUUAUAAAAUAUUUACGAUCUUAAAUGUUAAA